AUGGACGUGGAUGUGGACGAUUUACAGCGAGAACUUAAAUCGUGGGGACGAUAUCAGGUUCUACAACUCUUGUAUCUCUUUAUCUGCUAUCUUCCGGUCGCCAUUCCUCUCUUCAUCGUCAUUUUUAUAGGUUAUAUUCCGCCACACAAAUGUGCCGAGUUGUCUAAACCUCUACACGAAUAUGGACUCGGAAUUCCGGCGGGGAAUGACUCCGAUUACGUCAUUGAUUACGGCCAGUGUGAACUAACCAUCAGCAGUAACCAUAGCAACAGUAGCUGGACACCCAUCACUUCUUCCUGUUUACAAGGAUAUAGCUACGAAACAACAAAAGAAUAUUCUUUUGCGAGUGAAUAUAUCGUGUUUGUCUUGAGGUAUGGACGGAAGACGAUAUUCAUGUUUGCGUUUAUACCGCUCACGGCAAUCCUGACCGGAACAAGCUUUUCGCCAAAUCUUCUGGUCUUCAACAUUCUGAGGAUCAUAACCGGAUUCAUACAGCAGGGCCUUGGCUUGUCGAUGUAUGCAUUGUGUAUCGAGAUGUUCCCUUUGGAGAGCAGGGGCGCCAUUGCUGCUAUCGGGGGUCUAUAUUGGGCGGUCGCCGUGGUAUUCUUUGCCGGCUAUGCUUAUGUCCUUCGGAACUUCUCGUGGCGGGUGGUACAGCUGGCGUGUUCCGCUCUCGCCUUUCACUGUGUAAUUUCCUACUGGAUUACGGACGAGUCACUUAGGUGGCUAAUUGCCAACAACAAACGAAAACAAGCGAUAACAAUUGUAAAACGUAUCGCCAAACGGAACAAGAUUGAUCCGUACAAGGCCCUGUGUAUAUUAGACGGCGGAGUCCAAACCCUGCCAACUACAGAUCAAAAUGAACAUCCGUUACUUCACAAUGAGGCGGACAUAGGGCACGGCGAGAAAAAACAACCGGAAGAAAACGAAAAGGAACAGUCAUUAUUCAUACAUGGACCGGAAGUAAAAACUGAAAAUGAGAUAUCAUUACUUCAAAAAAUACCUGAAUUCGGAAACGGAAAUGCGCCGUUAUUAUUUCAACAGGAACCGGAAGCUACGAAUGGUCAUGCGCACAAAGCGUUGCAUCAAAACAAAGAUGAUGCAUCGGAGGAAAAGAAAGCAGAGAAAUACACCAUUCUAGAUAUCUUCCGAUAUAAACUGCUUCUGAGAAACUCCCUGAUCACGUGGUACACAUGGUUUAUCAACAGUCUGACGUACUACGGUUUGUACCUGUCCUCGGUAACCCUGUCAACAGACAGGUACUUCAACUUCCUCAUCAACGGGGCUUUAGAGAUCCCAGCAGGCGUGGCGGUUUGGCUUCUCAUUAACAGGAUAGGAAGGAAGAAGUCGUCCAUCCUUUUCCACACUCUCGCCGGGGUCGCUCUUAUCCUUUCUGUCGUCAUGAAAUUGCCAGAUGAUGAUGCUGGGAUAGCAAACAUAUUUUCCAUUAUAUUUAAUUUCCUGGGGAAGUUCGCCAUCACAGCCUCGUGGACAACGAUGGGUCUAUAUACCCCGGAAAUUUACCCCACAAAUCUCAGGUGA